AUGUCGCCGCCGCACCAGGGCAUCGACGGCGAGUGGAGCGACAAGAGCGGGAUCAUCGUGUACCGCUGGAACGACGAGGGGAGCCGGCCCAACACCGGCCGCGCAAACUGGAAGAAGCGCUGGAGCUGCUGCCAGGAGCGCGAGGAGGACGCGCCGCCGUGCCAGCGCGGGUGGCACGUCUCCUACGACGACGGCUAUACCCUCUUCUAG